UCACCAAAAUGCACGUCCUGCUCGUCUCCGUGAAAAACUGGCGUUUUACCGGCAAGUCUGGCCAUCAAACAGCUCAUCGGGAUCUCCUUUGAUGGUGGUAUUGUUCUGGGCACAAGGAGCAAAGUGCUCGGUCCGCUGCGCGCUCAGACGCUUCUCACAGGCGAUGGAGAACUUUCCGAAAGAUGCGACGUUCUGGCCGCUGAACAGAUCUUUAAAUGAGUCGAGUAGCGGAAACGAAAGUAUAGCCGCAAACCGAACCGCGAACCCUCUGAAGCGCAACGAGGAAGUGGCCAAAGUAGAAGUUGCAGUGUUGAUCGUGGUGCUGGUUCUCGCUCUAGCCGGUAACAUGUGCGUCCUGAUGGCGCUUCAUGCGAGCAAGCGGGCGCGUUCGCGCAUGCAUUACUUUAUGAAGCACCUGAGCAUCGCGGAUCUAGUGGUGGCUAUCUUUCAGGUGCUGCCACAGCUCCUCUGGGACAUCACAUUCCGCUUCUAUGGGCCUGAUUUCUUAUGCCGCUUGGUGAAGUAUCUGCAGGUGGUGGGGAUGUUUGCUUCUACCUACCUGCUUGUGCUGAUGUCAGUGGACAGGUGCCUUGCAGUAUGCCAGCCUCUCCGCUCCCUGCAGCACAGAAAGGACCGUGAGUAUGUUCUUGGGUCAUGGCUCCUGAGCCUUCUGCUCAGCCUCCCACAGACAUACAUUUUCUCCCUUAAAGAAGUGGCCCAUGGGGUCUAUGACUGCUGGGGAGACUUUGUGCAGCCAUGGGGGGCAAAAGCCUAUAUAACAUGGAUAAGCCUUGCAAUCUACAUCAUACCCGUUACCAUUUUGAGUGUAUGUUAUGGCCUCACAAGUUUUAAGAUAUGGCAAAACUUCAAGCUGAAGAGCAGAAGGGAUCAGCCUCUAAGACUGUCUCGGGAACUGGCUGAUGGCGCAGCACUUUCACGUGUCAGCAGUGUGAAACUUAUCUCUGAGGCGAAAAUCAGGACGGUGAAAAUGACAUUUGUUGUCGUCUUGGCAUACAUACUCUGCUGGACACCAUUCUUCUUCGUGCAGAUGUGGUCAGCUUGGGAUCCUAUGGCACCGAGAGAGGAUAUGGCAUUCAUUAUUGCCAUGCUGCUGGCUAGCCUGAACAGUUGCUGUAACCCAUGGAUCUACAUGUUCUUUGCUGGCCACCUUUUCCGUGACCUCAUGCUGGACUGUUUAACGAUAUUACGCUGUAACUGUGUGGGGCAGCAGAGUCCUAACAGCCAAUCAGCAGGAAUAGUGAUGAAGGACACUGGCAGCCAGAGAAGUCUCACCCAAGCAUCAACGGUGUAACACACCAGACUGCAAGACCUGGGGGAAAAUCUCUGCAAACCAUGGCUACAAAUCAGCUGAUAAAUGACUGGGCAGGACAAAUGACUGGGAUGGACAUUACAGACUUGUACUAUAAAAAAAGCUUUUCAUAUGGGCUGAUACAGUCAUUAAAAUCCUGAUAAUAAAGCUCAGGACUUUGGUAUUAAAAACGCAUAUUAAAAUAUAAUUCUGUACACAAACAGGAACUUCCAUAAGUAUUGUCUCAAAGCACACUGGUCAGCCAUACACCAGUGAAAUUCUGAAUAAUUUUGCAUUUGAACAUAUUCAUCUGUCCCACAACACUCUAUUCCAGAAUGAAUUAUUAUUCCAGAAUGUAUGUGUUAUUUGCACUGGACUUAUGGCAACAGCGGUGACUGCCCUGUCAGGCUUUUAUUACUAAAUUACUGUACUUAACUUUGACACAGAUCCUUUCAGAGCUACUCUGGGGACAUGAAUAGGUCAUGCCCAGUUUAUUUUGUCCUUGAUAACCUAAAUCUUUGCUGAACCCAGUUAUUCCUUUAACCAUUGACCCAGUGCGUGCUCAACUCCUUUACAGCUGAAUAAUAGAACAUGCUACAUUAUAAAAAAGUCCUUAUCAUAUGUCAUAGAAAAAUAAUUCAGUGUAUUAUGACUGUGUAUAAAUAUAUAUCCACAUAUGCCACUAAUUUUUAGUCAUGAAUUUACCACCAGCAUGACUGUAUUAUACAAUAAAUUUUUUCCUCAACAUUAUAACAAAAAAAAAAAAGUAAAUCUUU